AUGGAUUCCUGUCCUUAGCAAAGAAUGCCUUCUUACCUGUAAACAUCACCUGAACCUACAAUCAACCUACUGUUGAUAUCGAUGCGACAAAUCUCAUAAAUCUAAUAUGUCAAGCUUAAUCAUAUCGGCUUGUAUCUUCAUUACUCCUCAUUUUUAAGCUUUUAGGAGUCUCCGAUCGGUGUUGCACCUCGUACGAAGUAACAUUCUCACCGAUUCAUCAUGGAUGCCCUCAUCUAUGAGUUCCGAACGGCCCUUGCCGGAAUGAAAGGUGAUCAACUCGCCGAAACCCUUCGUCCAGAUGUCCAAGUCUAUAGAGAUAGGCUAGUAGCACUUUGGGGUCGAGGAGAUGUUCGGAGUACCACAGGUGACCUCAAUUUCUUAUUCUAUUCGGAUGGUAAUCGUCCUAGACUUUCCCAAGAGGAAACAACCGGUUGGCUGGAGAUUUACCUCACUUACUGGAAAGCUGUUGGAGAAAUUCUGGCUGUGGAAGGCCUACGAACUGAUCCAAAGGCGUCAAAUUCAUCAUGGACGAAGGUAUAUGAUGCAUGGAAAGAUUUGACACUGCAAGUCAUUCGGGGAUAUACCCAUUACGAAUUCGAGAACUGGACCAUCCCUUGUUUGUAUGUGGCGGGAAAGUAUCUACGACUGUUUGCUAUCCGAGCAGAUGAGGAGAGAAGAAACAGCAACGAAGAUAACACCGAGACCGUCAUGCAAGAUGACUUUGACCCGGAAAACGAAGAGAAUAAGAUGCUUGAGGAUUGCACAAGACAUCUAAACAGGAUCUUCCAAACAUGUCUCAACGAUAGGGCACCGCUAGAAGAGUCGCGCAAAUGGGGUAUUUACUACGCCAUCAAUCUGCUAUUCAAGAGUUACUUCAAGCUAAACUCGACACCCCUAUCUAAAAAUAUCCUCAAGGCGAUACAAGCAGGGCGGGGUGAUAUGCCCACACUUGACAAGUUCCCCAAGUCGCAACAAGUUACUUUCAAGUACUACGAAGGGGUCUUGUCAUUCCUCGAGGAGAAUUAUGUAGCGGCUGAACAACACCUUACCAUGGCUUGGCAGAUGUGCCACAAAGAUGCCAUACGAAAUCUCGAACUGAUCCUCACUUACCUCAUUCCGUGCCACCUACUCACAACGCACACACUUCCUAGUUCUCAAUUGCUAGAGAGAUUUCCACGAUUGCAAAAGCUCUUCCUACCGAUUGGCGAAGCAAUCAAGAAGGCGGAUCUUCACGCGUUCGAUGUUGCGCUACGAGCUGGCGAGGACGAAUUUAUUAAGCGUCGCAUUUACCUAACCCUAGAACGUGGUCGUGAUAUUGCGCUAAGAAAUCUUCUGCGCAAGGUGUUCAUCGCGGGUGGUUCCGAGGAAGGAAAAGAUGGCGCACCACCCGUUCGUCGCACGAGAAUACCGGUAGCGGAGUUCACUGCAGCGAUAAAAAUCAGUCGCGGAGAAGAUAUUGAUUCUGAUGAGGUGGAAUGUCUCUUGGCGAAUAUGAUUUACAAGAAUCUAAUGAAGGGAUAUAUUGCCCACGAGCGCGGUAUAGUGGUGCUAAGCAAGAAUGGCGCAUUUCCCGGUACGAAGGUCUGAGUCAAAUGGAAUGAACAAAUGAAUGGGUGAAUUGAUAGAGUACACAUCUGUCGUCCGACAUAAUGAGAAUGAGGCGGCGAGUAGGCGGCAUUUUAAAUGCGCGUCACUAAUAUGGGAGGCCUAAAGGAUGUUGACCGAAGGCUGCUAUUGACAUGAGUUGCCUUACAUCCAAGAUGCGGCUGACCUCUCUAGGACGAAAUUGUGGGGAGGAUGGGUGAUACUGAAUUCGGGUAUUGCGUUAGAUCCCGCUAUGCAGCAGCAGCAUUUAGCAACGAAUGAGAAUUGAAGAGGAUUGUACCUCACGGUACACAUCGCAAUCUAACUAAUCAUAACAUAUCACCUUGUCCGCGUUUGCGCGCUACUCAAUUGUGACUAAUGGGGUAGACCGAUAGUCUUGAUAGAAAUGGUCUGUUGAUUGGGUACGGUACAU